GUUUUUAAUGAGUAUUUCUUUUUUAACACACCCCUCCCCUUUCCCAUCGCCCUGCUCACCAACAGCUAAACACAGAGUCACAAUACUUUACACACAGAAACCCAACAGUGUCCUGAUUAAUCUUAUAACAGACUUGCAGUGAUAAAAUAAUUCGAAAAUGUCCAGUAAUGUCCGAUAAGUGGACUUGCCUAAGUUCAUUAUCUGGUACACAGCAACUGAUCGCAUUACACAUACAAUGUUGUCUCAUUUUUCUGUUUCGCUGCAUUACACAUACAAUGGAUGGGACACCAGUCCACUUCAGAGCAACAUACACACACACAUUCACACCUUCAGGCAAUGUAGCAUAACAAGUCCACCUAUCGUCAUGUUUUUGGGAAGUGGGAAGCAACCUGGAGUACCCGGAAAAAAAACCAUGGACACAGGGAGAGUGUACAAAACACCACACAGACAGUAACCCAAGCUUAGGAUUGAAGCAGGGACCUUCGAGCUGUGAAGCAGUAAAACUAACCACUGUGGCAUUGUGUCACCCUAAAGGUAUCUUUUCUUUUUUCUGUAGAGAGAAUGGUUUGCCUCUCUGGGGAGCUAUUAAAGAUUCUACAGUAUGUUAAGCUUUAUAACAAAAAGGUUUCGCUUUCAGAGGUUUCCGAACAAAACCCCUUGCUUAAAACUCUUAACUAUCCAAAGAACCACUACAGAACCUUUGUUGCUAAGUGUUUAAGCCUCAUUAUGCAGCAACUACAGGGUGUACGAAAAGUCAGAAACAAGUGGGUUUUAAGCUGUAUAUACGUGAUUUCGUAUUUAUUAUUUAUUUACUUAUUUAUUAACACUUAUUUUUGUAUUUAUUUAUUUAUUUCCUUACAGGUAAAAAUGGCAUUAAUAUUGGAUGAGAGGGUAGAGAUAGUGCUACUUGGUACUUCGUGUUACGCCUGAUUUUUCAGACACUCUGUACAUUUGGAUGUGUAGUGGAAGUGAGGACCUAUGCAAGAUUCCUAUGAGUUUAGGAGGUUAAACCAACAUUCCAUUGUUUUUCAUCAUUCUCAUUAUAAGGAAAAAGAAGUUCUAGAUGUAGUAUAAGUAUUGUAGAAGUUUUGUAUUUGUUGGUUGAGCUGAGGGGAUGUGCAGCAUCUGUUUCUAGCUAGGAGGUGUUGAGUCAGCCUGUUCCCAGCACUGGAUAAUGAUUUUUAUGUUCAGCGCAGCAACAUUGCCAUUAAUAAUACAUGGAAGAUGAUCUGAAACCAUCUCUUUUGCUUACUCUCCUCUCCCACCUUUGUUCCACUUUUUACUUUAAGUAUAUUUUUUUCUUUCUGACUUGCUUUAUCUUUGCCGCUGCAGUGCCAGAAUUGUUUCUCCCUCUCUGUCUCUCUCUCUUUGCUGAGUCAACAGUUUAUUCACUUCCACUCUAUCUGUACACACUUUAUUUCCCUUCUCACUCUUUGCUCUAUAGCCUGCUGCUGAUUUUGCACCAUAGCAUUUUGUACAGAGUGGCUAAGGGCCGGACAUAAACUUGUGCUUGACGAUUAUGUAAUAUUGAUCAGUCUCACUGCAGUGCUGAAGUCUUAUGAUGGCACCAGUAGUGAUUUCAACGGGGAAACUGUGAAUCCCAGUAGUUGCUGUGGCUUUACAUUUAUUAAUUACAAUUUAUUAGUGGUCACAGCAUGUGGAUGAAAUCAUCAGUGGAUUGACAGUAAGAAUAUUCAGUAUCUCUCUGAGGUGCUGAUCUACAGUUUACAUGUGAUUGUAAUAACAUAUUGCCUUCUUCUGUACCCCAAAAUAACCAGGUGGACUUUGUUAAGAGAUUUAGCAUGCCUAAACAUAAAUGUGGUGUGUGUGUUAUUAUGACCGAAUAAAAGAUUAUUAUUUUUUUUUAUUAUUAAUCUUGUUUGACUUUCCCUGAAGCAUUGCAGUAAACAAUCAUUGCUGAAUGGUAGCGUGAGCAUAAUAAAGAAGUCUCUCUCUCUGAUGAUCUUUAUGAUGCUUUUGCAAAACUGGCCGCUGAUCUUACUGUACAAAAAUGUUCUCUUUAUUAUCUAACCCCAUCCAUUUCAUUUUUUUUUUUUUCUUUCUUAAUUUAGAUGAUUAUUGAGAUUAUUUCGUACAGGCAAUCCACACACAUAUCUAAUCAAAUUGGUUUAGCUUAGUGGGUAUAACUAGCUACUGCUUUCAAUCCCCACACUGAAGAUUGUGAUGAUAAAGUGAAUCACAAUCUAAACAAAACUUUCUGACUAAAAUUAAUGAGCACUGUGAGUUUACAUUCUGAAACUCAAUAUUAAGUACAUAGCACCUUAACAGUCUGACUGCAACACUCUGUACCAUUCCUUGUUGCUGGGGUGGUAUAUGCAAAAGUAUACCUAUUGUACACUUUAUGUAAAAUUGAAAGCACACAAUUGUUUAGAAUAUCUUUGUAUGCUGUAGCUUUAUUAAGAUUCUUUUCACUGGAACCAACAAUGCUUCUGUGCACAAAGCGAGCUCCAUGAAAACAUGGUUUGCCAAGGUUGGAGUGGAAGAAUUCAAGUGUCCUACACAGAGCCCUGACCUCAACCCCACUGAACACCUUUUGGAUGAAUUGAAACAUUGACUGUGCACCAGGCCUCCUCACCCAACAUCACUUCCCAACCUCACUAAUGUUCUUGUCGCUGAAUGAGCACAAAUCCCAACAGCCACAUUCCAAAAUCUAGUGGAAAGCCUUCCCAGAAGAGUAGAGGUUACUAUAACAGCAAAGGGAGGACCAACUGGAGUUAUAUCGCUGUGAUGGUGAGGUGUCCAAAUAAUUUUGGCCAUAUAUUGUACCAAUUGUAUGUAUCUUUUACAUAGGUGCAUAUAGUGUACAUAUAAAGCUUUAUGUUAACAGGUUCAGCUAUCUACCUUCAUUUUUAAGUUUUUAAGUUUUAAAUCAUUUUGGGGGGACAAUUGUGGCUUAAUGGUUAGAGUCUCAGACUUGGAACCUGAAGGUGAACCUGAAGGUUGUGGGUUUGAGUCUCAGGUCUGGCAGGGAUUAUAGGUGGGGGGAGUGAAUGACCAGUGCUCUCUCCCACCUUCAAUACCACGACUGAGGUGAGACCCUUGAGCAAGGCACUGAACCCCCAACUGCUCCCUGGGUGCUGCAGCAAAAAAGGCUGCCCACUUCUCUGGGUGUGUGUUCACUGUGUGUGUGUGUGUGUGUGUGUGUGUGCACUUGGAUGGGUUAAAUGCAGAGCACAAAUUUGGAGUAUGGGUCACCAUACUUUGCUACACGUCACAUCACUUCACUAUAAUUUCAGGCAAAAGAUACAUAUUACAAAAGAUAAGGCACAGGGAAAGCUAUAGUUUAGUACCCUUCUUUUUCUGAGAGUGAACAUACUGUAAGCUAAAUGUGUUACUAGUAGCUGCUCAGGAAAACAAGUUAGAGAAGUAUUGCUAUGUUGUGAAAUCUAUUAAAGUAGUACAUGAACAUCGCCUGUUAUGGAUAAAGAUUAUGGCUGAAAUAAUUCAGUGAGAGCUCAUUUGUUUCAUGUGAGCUGUAGUCUCCAGCACUGGGUGCGUUGAUGAGAGAGAGAGAGAGAGAGAGAGCUGCAGCUGAAUUGCUGAUGUCAGUAGCUUUGGUUCACUGCUGCAUUCUCAUGGUGCAGGGCGGACCGCUCUCAGCCUCCUCACCUCAGCUCCAUCUGCUCUCUCACUCACACAUGCAAACUGCCCCGACAUCAUCAACAUGCUGGCCGUUAUUAAACACCACGCUGUGAUAGUGUACACUGUGCUGCUGUGCUUAGUGCCGUCCGGCCACACGGGCAAAAAGGCAGUGAAGUGCCCUUCAUCCUGCAGCUGCUCCAAGGAGUCCAUCAUCUGCGUCGGCUCUUCAUAUGUGCCGCGGAUCACACCGAGCGAUGUCAGCUCACUGAGCAUUGUGAAUGGGACCUUCUCUGAGGUCAGGGAGGCCAUGUUCGCACACAUGCCAUCUCUCCAGCUGCUAUUACUUAAUUCAAAUGCUCUUACCACAAUUAAAGAUGAUGCAUUCUCUGGUCUACCACACCUUGAAUAUUUGUUUAUUGAAAACAAUAAGAUUGAGACCACAUCAAAAUAUUCUUUUAGAGGACUCAGGGACCUGACCCAUCUGUCUUUGGCGAACAACAACAUCAAAGCCUUGCCAAGAGAUCUCUUCAGUGAUCUGGACUCGCUGAUAGAGCUAGACCUAAGGGGCAAUGCGUUCGAGUGUGACUGCCGUGCUAAAUGGCUGAUGACGUGGCUGAAGAACACCAAUGCCUCAGUGUCAGAUAUCCUGUGUGCUGGUCCAGAGGAGCUGAAGGGCAAGAGGCUCAAUGACAUGACAAGCCUCCAAGAUGAGUGCAUCUCCACAGAUUUCAUUCCACUUCAGUCUGUGACCACUGAGUCUCUUUCCGUGGACACGUUCUCCCACAAGAAUGAUGUGUAUGUGACCAUUGCUGCCCCUAAUAUAGAGAGCUGUAUGGUGCUUCAGUGGGACCACAUCGAAAUGAACUUCAGGAGUUAUGACAACAUUACAGGUCAGUCCAUUGUUGGCUGCAAAUCAGUGAUCAUCCAGAACCUUGUAUUUAUGAUUGUUGCCCAGCUGUUUGGCGGUUCUCACAUCUAUAAAUUUGAUGAAGACCAAAGCAAAUUCACCAAGUUUCAGGACAUUGAAGUCUCCAAGAUCUCCAAGCCCAAUGACAUAGAGACCUUCCAAAUUGGUGAUGAAUGGUUCUUUAUCAUUGCUGACAGCUCUAAGGCUGGUCUUUCAACCCUCUAUAAGUGGAAUGACAAAGGCUUCUACUCCUAUCAAUCACUGCACGAGUGGUUCCGUGAUACUGAUGCAGAGUUUGUGGACCUGGAUGGCAAGGCUCACCUCAUUCUGGCCAGUCGUUCCCAAGUUCCAGUCAUCUACCAGUGGAGCAAGGGUGCACAGAAGUUUGUGUUGCAGGGUGAAAUCCCCAACAUGGAGGAUGUAGUGGCUGUCAAAACGUUCUGGAUUAAAGAGGACCUGUAUCUGGCUAUGACGCGAUAUAUUGGUGACUCCAAAGUUUUACACUGGACUGCCAAACAUUUCUCUGAGGUUCAGGCCCUUCCUUCGAGAGGUUCCAUGAUCCUUCAGCCGUUUUCCUUUAAAGAUCGUUAUUAUCUAGCUUUAGGUAGUGACUACACAUUCUCACAGGUCUACCUUUGGAAUGCAGAGGACAAGGUCUUUCAGCGCUUCAAGGAGGUAUACAUUCAGGCCCCACGCUCUUUUACUGUGGUCUCCACAUACCGCAGAGACUUCAUCUUCGCUUCCAGCUUCAAGGGGAGCACGCAGAUAUUCGAGCACAUCAUUAUUGAUCUGAGCCUUUGAGGUCUCAGACAACAUGUAAAAAAUGUUGAAUGGAAGCAUUUCAGCAUCCUACAAUGUCUUCCAUUUAAAAUUGGAUAUUUUCCAAGGAAGGGUUAAAAAUGAUGGCUGUGAGGUCGAAAUAAUUUGUAGUUUGUGGUUUUAUCAGGUAUGUAAUGUAAAUUCAUGUGCAUGGUAAUUCAUGCAUUUGUAUGAGGUUUUUUCCAUUUCUUUGCAAUUCAGUCUUUAUUUGUUUUUGUAUCUCUUUAGCAGAGAUGUUUUUCCACCCAGUUGAAAAAAUAAGCAUAUUCAUGGAGGGUACAUAGCUCUGAGCAGAGCUGCUCCUUUGUACUCAAGUCAUUUGCAUAUCUAACACUUACAACAUCUUUCAGGACUUUCCAUUUCUUCAGCAAUCAUGCUGCAGCACCUGCAUGAUACUGUUGCAAAGAUGAUUUCAAUCCAGGCAUGCUGAAAAAUACAGACAAUAAAAGAAAUACAGGUGACAAAGCCUAUAAUAUUAAAUACCCCAGUAUCCGUUAUAGUUAAUGCUUAAUUUACAUAUUCUUGAAUCAUUUUUAAAAACACACAUUAUUUUUGUUGAAUAUAGGACCUGAUUAAUCAAAACCAGUUACGUACUAUUACCUGCUGAAUGCUGAAAAGUAUAGGUACUUGUUCAUAGUCAGCUAAAACUCAAAUUAGUUUUGUUGCAUUAUAGAUUUAAUCCUAUUUUGCAAACGUAUGAGUUUCGGAGCAAAUUCGGUUUACUUUGUUACUUAAAUUAAAACAGAAAAACGGAGAGAAAUAUAUGUGAUUUUUAUAGAGUAAAUCUAAACCCAUUUUCUGUUCCAUUUAACAUUACAAAUCCCUACAUUUCACCAUUGGCCAGUAUUUUUUCAAGACUUCAUUACACUCUCAGCAUGUUGUCAUGGCAAAAUAUCAGUGGAGUGGAGGCAUACGAAAGGUCUCUAACUAUUCAAACUCUCUCUGGUUAUUGACAUUAACUUUUUAAUAAGUACAGUUACCAUAGUGUAAGAUAGAUACUAUAGAAAAAGAGAGAGAGAGAGGAUCUAGAGCAACGGCUUUUAACCCUUGAUAACUCAUAUCUAAUCUGUGCCUAUAACAACCUUAAAACACUUUAGGUAUCUUACAGCCAUCUAGGAAAUACUGAAACAGUUUUUCCAACCAUAUAACCAUGUUUUGGCCCAGUUGUUGGAACUUGCUCACUCCAGCCAAUCUGUAUUUGCUCUCUGUGGUUUCCUUCAACUCCAUACCUCAGAUUUAGACUGAUUGUAUGUAGUAGAAUCCAAAAAAUCCAAAUUUCCAUAAAAAAAAAAACUAAAAAAAAAAUAAAUAAAUAAAAAAAACAAUUGUCCUUGGCUCAUCCCUAGUCUUUCAGUUUAACACUCACUAAAUUGUAGUGCCAUGUUUAUCCCUUAGAGGGCAGUGUUAAUGCUCUUCCUAUUAGUAAUAAUUCUCACAAUAACAGUUAUUACUGUAGUUAUUUUAGAAGAUGAUGAAUGUUAGAAUAUGAUUAACCCUUUUGUUAUGUGAUUAUACAUGAGGAUAUCUCAAAGUGAUAUGUCUGAUAGUAUAAGUACUUGUCUUCCUCCAGACUUUUGAAUGUCUUUUACAGUUACACAAACAUUACUGCUCAUGUUAUGAUCUCUAUUAUUAAUGUAAUCUCUGAACUGAGAGACUUACUGUAAUACCAGUGAAAUAAUUUUGUUUAAACACAAAAUAAAACAACACCAACAAAAUUACAGGGAAAAUCUUAAAAGCACAAAGUUUUAAUCAUGCAUUUACUUUCUUAUUACAUGUUGAUCUUUCUCUUGUACUUCUUGUUGUACUAUUCUGCCUUUUGGAUUUUAACUGAUCAGUGUUGAUUAUGUCAGUUGUUUAAUUUUCAUUAUUCAUGUAAAAAUACUGAAUGUCAAACAUACUCAGAAAAUGAGUGUUUCAAAUCAAAAUAAUUUUAGCUGCAUACAAAUGUGGAUUGUAAACACUGACAGCCCUUAAAAUAUUGCACAUUGUAAGCGCAUGCUAUUUAGAUCUGAAUGUACAACACAUUCAAUCUUCUGAUGCAAAAAUAACACAAAAAACUUUAUGAUUUCAAGUAGAAAGUUUCCUAGUGCCACUUUAACACAGAAUAAAGAUA